GACCAUGACCGGCGCUGAUCAAGUCCACCAUGUCGCCGCUGGAGCCGCUGGAGGCUCCGCGGCCCCCGGCGGCCAGGGCAGUGCGUGCGACAGCUGUGCGUGCGGGGAGCUCGCCAAGCAGAGGGACAUGGAGGACGCAGGCCCCCCGCUGUACGACGACUUCACCUUCCAGCCUCUGUGCAAAGGCAGGCGACACCCGUGGACAUCCCGUGGACGCGGCUGCCAGAGUUGGAGAGCGGGGUCAAGGUGA